GGGGAAAUGGCUUAUAGUCGCAAAAAGCCAAAUCACCUUUCUUGUUUCUACCAAAGCUCAAUAAUGUAAUCCGAAAACUUCUCACAGAACUGCACGUCUCUAUCGCUUUCUCUCCUUUCUACUCCAUUUAUACUUUCAGCUCCAUCUCUUCCCUUCCCUCCGCCUUCUAACCACUGCCACUCUGCCAGAGAUCACUGACUGGCUGCUCAGAACUUCUCGAUUGAAGACACUGGAAAUGGGGUUCGAAAAGAAAGAGUAUGAAUUUCUGGAGGAGAUCGGGUUGAGCUCGAAGAAUGUUGGCUGCUACGUUAAUGGAAAGUGGAAGGCCAAUGGACCUGUGAUCACCACUACGAACCCUGCAAACAACCAGAAUCAGCCUAUUGCUGAAGUAGUGGAGGCUUCGUUGCAAGACUAUGAGGAAGCGUUGCGAGCUUGCAGUGAAGCAACUAAGACAUGGAUGCAGGUUCCUGCGCCCAAGAGAGGUGAGAUUGUUAGACAGAUUGGGGAUGCACUGAGAGCCAAGCUUCAGCAGCUCGGUCGUCUUGUUUCUCUUGAGAUGGGAAAGAUACUACCAGAAGGAAUUGGAGAAGUUCAAGAAAUUGUCGACAUGUGUGAUUUUGCUGUGGGGCUAAGCAGGCAACUGAAUGGAUCAGUAAUCCCUUCAGAGCGUCCCAACCACGUCAUGUUGGAGAUGUGGAACCCACUUGGAAUAGUUGGUGUCAUCACUGCUUUCAACUUCCCGUCUGCUGUUCUUGGAUGGAAUGCUUGCCUUGCUCUAGUCUGUGGUAACUGUGUUGUAUGGAAAGGUGCGCCAACUACACCUUUGGUCACCAUUGCACUGACGAAGCUUAUAGCCGAGGUGUUAGAGAAGAACGAGUUACCUGGUGCAAUAUUUACGUCCUUGUGUGGUGGUGCUGAAAUCGGACAAGCAAUAGCAAAAGACACUCGCAUUCCUUUGGUAUCUUUCACCGGGAGUUCAAAGGUUGGCCAAAUAGUGCAACAGACGGUGAGUCAGAGGUUUGGCAAAUGCUUGCUCGAAUUGAGUGGUAACAAUGCCAUUAUCAUCAUGGAUGAUGCAGACAUCCAGCUGGCAGUCCGUUCUGUGCUCUUUGCCGCAGUUGGAACAGCUGGUCAGCGGUGCACAACAUGCCGUCGACUGCUUCUUCAUGAGAGCAUCUACAAGAAAGUACUUGAUCAGCUAGUUGAAUCGUACAAGCAAGUUAAGAUCGGUGAUCCGUUGCAGAAAGGUAUCUUGCUUGGACCACUGCAUACUCCCGAAUCACAGAAGAACUUCGAGAGGGGAAUGGAGCUCAUCAAGUCUCAGGGAGGGAAUAUUCUAACAGGAGGAUCAAUCAUAAAAUCCGAUGGGAAUUUCGUGCAACCCACGAUCGUCGAGGUUGCUCCAACAGUACUUGCAGUUAAAGAAGAGUUAUUUGCCCCAGUUCUCUAUGUCAUGAAAUUUAAGACUUUGGAAGAGGCUAUUGAAAUAAAUAACUCGGUGUCUCAAGGAUUGAGUAGUUCCAUCUUUACCCAGAAACCACAAACAAUCUUCAAAUGGCUUGGCCCACUGGGGAGCGACUGCGGCAUUGUGAAUGUGAACAUACCCACAAAUGGUGCAGAAAUUGGCGGUGCAUUUGGUGGCGAAAAAGCCACCGGAGGCGGGCGUGAAGCUGGAAGCGAUUCGUGGAAGCAGUACAUGCGGCGAUCAACUUGCACUAUCAAUUAUGGAAGCGAAUUGCCUCUGGCUCAAGGAAUCAAUUUCGGCUAAUCGGCAUAUGAUUCUGUUCUGCACCUGUUAUGAUGGCACCCCAGUCCAGCCUGGUUGAUCUGAACCUGUCUAGAACAGAUACUUGUGCUGCAGAACUUUGAUCAGAGUGGAUUUCCCCUGCAAACAAAACGGUAUCAUGUUGUGAGAAUAAGAGAUGUGUAUGCUCAAUUAUAUAGAUAUUGUCAUUCUCUUUAAUGUAAGCUAUGGAGCUGGUCUUUUUGCAAGACCAUAUUGGACAUGGAAUGUUAUAAGAUUUCUAAAAGGGGUUGGUCAAGACUAUAUUUCAUCUCCAUUCCCCAAAUGCCUAUCAAGAUAUUCAAGUCUAUAACACCCUUUUGCUUGCCUUUGAAUCUCCAAUAUUUUCUGGGAUUCUGUAACCAUGUAAGCAGAAUAUGAAGACUGGAUCCAGGGAUGGUUUGCUGCUUCUUUGGCCAUUUUCCCCGAGGAAUCACAUAGAAAGGGGAGAGGGAUGAAUCCAAAUGUAGAAUUAAACAAAGAAGAGUUAGAAUAGCAUAUGACAUCAAAUGAAGUUCUAAAGGCGGGCAGCGACGCAAGAGGAGGUUCGGGAGGUUUGCCGCUGCGUAGGUCUCGAAAAGUUGUGCGAAAUAAAAAAAAAGUUUGCGUCAAUCGGACAACCGAGCGCAAAGUUAUGGCCGUCAAACCGCCAAGCCCGAUCCUACCAGAAGCGAGUUACUAGGAGAUAUACAAAGGAGCACGAGAAGUUGGCGGGUGCGAUCAUACCAGCACUAAUGCACCGAAUCCUUUCUGUUGAAAAUAAAAUUACAUUUCAUAAGUUGUUUCUGUAUUUUAGACCAAUUACUUUGUUCCACUUGCUAUUCGUAAUUAAGUCAAAUCCCUCUGUUAUAUCUUAUUGAGUCAUAUUUCACGAUAUCACUGUAUGAAAAAUCAUAGUUGACAAUAGAAAUUUCUAUAUGGUAAUGUCAAACCGCGAUUGGAAAUACUUGAAUACAUAGUAACGAAUGAGAGAUCAGACUACAAUAUA